AUGAGCUUCUCACCUCCACCACCACCUAUUUUUGCUGGUGAAAAUUACAACAUCUGGGCUGUGAAAAUGAGGACAUACCUGCAGGCACAUGACCUGUGGAAUGUGGUCCAAAAUGACAUUGAGCCACCUCCCCUAAGAGCAAACCCGACCAUUGCUCAGAUCAGGCAGUAUAAUGAAGACUGUGCAAAGAAGUACAAGGCCAUGUCAUGCCUUCAAAGUGGAGUUUCAGAUGUGAUCUUCACAAGGAUAAUGGCCUGUGAUAGUCCAAAGCAGGCAUGGGAAAAACUCAAGAAGGAGUUUCAAGGAUCUGAGAAGACUAGGCAACAGCAACUAAUAAACUUGAGAAGGGACUUCGAGAAACUGAGGAUGAAGGAGUCAGAGACUGUCAAGCAGUAUGCUGACAGGAUAAUAGCCACUGCCAACAACAUAAGAUUGCUUGGGGAUGAUUUCAGUGACCAAAGGAGCAAAGAAGAGCAAACAGAAUGGAGGAGUAUUCAGAGGAAGCUUUUCAGGCCAGAGGCAGAGAAGGCCCAAACUCGAGCUCCAGCUUUAAAGACCAAUCACCUUGAAAAAUACUACUGGUACAAGCCUGACAUUCAUGUAGAGGGUGCAAACAGCUUGGACACAUUGAAAAGGUGUGUAAAAACAAACCAAAACCACAGCUACACCAUCAGAAUCAAGCUCAGACAGCUGAAGAUGUUGAAGCAUAGGAAGGGCAUGUCUUCACAGCUUCUUGUUUUGCAAGCUCGAGCAAGAAGCAUGUUCAAGGAGCUAGACACGACCUUUGUGACCAAAGUCAGAAUAGGGAAUGGUGAGCUCCUAGAGGCCAAAGGAAAAGGAAAGGCAGUGAUUGGCACAAAGUCAGGUAACAAAACUAUUUCUGAGGUUCCUUAUGUACCUAACAUUGACCAAAAUUUGUUGAGUGUUGGUCAGCUACUGGAGAAGGGGUAUUCUCUCAUUUUUGAAGGCAAGGUGUGUGUGAUCAAAGAUGCUGUCGACCAAGUGUUAGCAAUAGUAGCCAUGAGUGAUCGAAGUUUCACUUUGGAUGUAAAUCAGCUAGAGCCAAAGACACAUGUGGCUCAGGCUGAUGAGUCAAUUUUGUGGCAUAGAAGGCUUGGCCAUGUGAACUACAAGUCACUUGGCCUACUGCACAAAAUGAGCCUGGUUGAAGACAUGUCCUGCAUUGAGCCAAAGAAUGAUGUGUGUGAAGUCUGUCAGCUUAGCAAGCAGACCAGACUGCCCUUUCCUGCCAACAAAGCAUAG